AUGAACCUGUAUGAGUUGAACUUGGUUUGUCAGAAUUACUUGAAAAGAAAUCUUAAAAACAAGUACCAGCAUGUGUUCGAAGGCAUAGCCAAACAUGGAAGCUCUGUUCUGCUGCAAAAGAUCUACACAGAUCUCUACAUCACAGAGGGAGGAAGUGGGAAAGUCAAUGAGGAGCAUGAGGUCAGACAGAUUGAGUCCAAGUUCAAUAGUGUAGCUGGGCAGGAUAAACCUAUCAAGUGUGCAGACAUCUUUAAACCCUCUCCUGGUCAGGACAAACCAAACAGAAGAGUUCUCACAAAGGGGGUGGCUGGCAUUGGCAAAACUAUCUCUGUGCACAAGUACAUCCUAGACUGGGCCGAGGGAAACAACAACCAAGAGAUCAAUUUCAUCUUCCCCCUAUACUUUAGGGAGCUCAACCACAUGAGAAACAAGAAGUUCUCUUUGAUGGACCUUCUUUACUGCUUCUUUCCAGAGCUUAAGCAGCUUACAGUUGACAUCCAGAAUAAAUUCAGAGUGUUGUUUGUCUUUGAUGGUCUGGAUGAGUGUCGACUCCAACUGAACUUUCAUGCAAAUGAAAGUGUGCACGAUAUAAAAGUCGUCAAAUCAUUGGAUGUCCUCUUGACAAACCUACUGUUAGGUAAUCUGUUCCCAUCUGCUCUAAUCUGGAUAACCUCUCGACCAGCAGCAGUUGGCAAAAUCCCUCCUCAGUGUAUUGACCUGGUGACAGAAGUGCAAGGAUUCAAUGACUCCCAAAAGGAAGAGUACUUCAGGAAGAAGAUCAAUGAUAAUAGUCUUGCCAGCGGAAUCAUAUCACACGUUAAAUCAUCAAGGAUCCUCUACAUCAUGUGCCACAUACCUGUGUUUUGCUGGAUUGCUGCUACGGUUCUUGAGAUUAUUCUUUCUUCUGGACAUACACAGAUCCCAAAGACUUUGACAGAAAUGUACACAUUCUUCCUGACAUUUCAAACAAGACAGAAGAAUAUCAAAUUUGACAAUGUCCAUGACCUUGAGCCACAAUGGAACCAUAAGCUGAUCCUAAAUCUCGGAAAGCUAGCCUAUAAACAGUUAGAGAAAGGAAAUCUGAUCUUUUAUGAAGAUGACCUCAGGGAGUGUGGCAUUGAUGUCAAAGAGGCAGCAGUGUACUCAGGAGUAUGCACCCAGAUCUUCCGGGAAGAAUCAGGGAUCUUUCUGGGAACAGUGUUCUCCUUUGUGCACCUCAGUAUCCAGGAGUAUCUUGCCGCCCUGUAUGCAUUUCUGGAGAUGGCACUUGGAGGGAAAGACAUAAUAUCAACAGACCCUCAAAAAGCAGAGUCCAUGAUCCUCUUGCAUAAGAGUGCUGUGGACAAAGCUUUGGAUCAUGAAGAUGGACGCUUUGACCUUUUCCUUCGCUUCCUUCUUGGCCUCUCUCUGGAGUCAAACCAAUCUCUCCUGCAUGGUCUGAUCAAUAGAAGACAGAUGGGCAUCAAGGAAAAGAUCAGCUCUUGGCUUGGCUUGGCUGGCCAUCAAGGCCAACUGGAGAAAUGGCAGAUGGACAAUGACGAAACAAUUAGGUACAUUAAGGACAAGAUAAAUUAUGUUUCCUCAUCAGAAAGAAUGAUUAACCUCUUCCACUGCUUGAAUGAACUCCAUGACCACUCCUUAGUGGAGGAGAUCCAGAGGUUCUUGAAUGCAGGCAACCUGUCUGAAGCCCAACUUUCACCUGGCCAGUGGUCAGCUCUAGUGUUUGUGCUGCUGACAUCAGACCAGAAUCUGGAUGUGUUUAACUUGAAGAAGUACGUCAGAUCUGAUGAAGCUCUCGUGAGAUUGAAACCAGUAGUAGAGGAAUCCCACACAACUCUGGUUGAUAACUGUGGGCUCACUGAAGAGAGCUGUGCAACACUAACCUCCAUCCUCGGCAAACAAUCAUCGAAACUCAGGAGACUCGAUCUCAGUGGAAACCACAUCAGAGAUGCCGGGAUCAAGAAACUGUGUAGUGGCCUGAAGAACCCAAACUGUUCACUGGAGACGCUGAGACUGUCAGACUGCAGCAUAAAAGGAAAGGGAUAUGCUGCUCUGGCCACAGCUCUCAAAUCAAACCCCUCACACCUGGAGGAGCUGGACCUGAGAGGAAACGACCCUCGACAUGCUGAACUGAAGCUCCUCAUUGAUUUACUGCAGGAUCCUGCCUGUAAACUCAGGAGUCUGAGGCAAGAAAGAGCAUUUCACACUUAA